GGAAAAGGCAUUUCACCCAUGUGUUGGAAAAUGGAUAAGUCUGCAUGUGCUUAAUCCCACUCUUGAGUGAAUUAUUGAUUCCAGGAACAUUUAUAAUUGGUCGUUCAUUCAAUCUCUGUGGAAUAUUGAGACUUUAUCUUUUCGACCUUGAGCCACAGAAUUGUUCUUCUUACACGCGUUUAUAUCAGACGGCAAUUGAAUUAUGGAGGACACAGGAAAAUUUUUAUUCACAUUUAAAGGAUAUAAUUUUACAUAUUCUGGAAUUGAUGUAGACUUUUUAGAAAAUUUGGAUGAUUUUGAAAUCAGAGAUGAUGAUGUCUUCAUAGUCACAUACCCAAAAUCUGGAACCAUCUGGGGUCAGCAGUUACUAUGCUUAAUGUAUUUUGAAGAGCAUCGCAAAAGAUUGGCAAAUGUGGAGACAAUUGAUCAAGUGCCCUUCCUUGAAUACAAUGUUACAGGAAGACAUUUUGACACAAGACCAUCUCCUCGACUGUUCUGUAGUCACAUUCCAUACUACUUGGCUCCCAGAGGGCUGAAGAAUAGAAAAGCCAAAAUUAUUUAUGUGUACAGGAACCCUAAAGAUGUUAUGUGCUCAUUUUUUCACUUUUCAAACAUGAUGAGAAUAUUGAAACCAUCCACCAAUAUGGAGGAAUUCAUGGAACUCUUUUUAGAAGGAAAAGUGUAUGGAAGCCUUUGGUUUGACCAUAUCAGAGGUUGGUAUGAGCACAAAAGUCACUUCAACAUUCAGUUCAUAAUGUACGAGGACAUGAUAAAGGAUCUGAGAAGUUCUAUUUUAAAAGUCUGUAAAUUUCUGGGGAAAGAAUUGAAUAAGGAAGACAUGGAUGCUGUUGUGAGUCAAGCUAUGUUUGAAAACAUGAAGUCUGACCCACGUGCAAAUUAUGAAAGUGUACUAAACAGGCAACCUGAAAUUAGAAGAACAGAUGGCCAUUUCCUUCGCAAAGGUACCAUAGGAGACUGGAAAAACCACAUGACUGUUGCCCAGAAUGAAAGGUUUGACAAGAUUUUCCAAAGGGAGAUGAAGGAUUUACCCUUGAAGUUCAUCUGGGAUAUAAAUGAAGAAUAGAAUCCUAAACUCAGUCCAAAUAUAUUAAGAAUGCAGAUUCAGAAAGAAACAUUUAAGAUACACUCUAAUCUUUGACUAUUCUUGGAUCAUAACUGAAAACCUUAAUGAUUAAUACAUACUACAUAGUAAUUCUACAUCCUUUAGAUAUGUGGCCCGUUUUCUAGUUCUGGGUUCAUCAAUUUCUGAUGACUAGAGGAUUCUCCUUAUUGUGUUAGUAUAUAAUUGUACUAAAUAUAGUAAAAUAUACUAAAAUAUGUUAAUAAAAUAAUUUAUACUAAAUUCUACUAAAACAAGAGGAAAAUUUUAUUUUACUUUUGAGUAAUUCCUCAGCACUUGAGUAAAAGAAGAAUUUGUAACAUGUGAUCAAUUUACUAUCAUAAUGGAAGGUUUGACUAUUGUUAAAUACUGCUUAUUGUCUUUUUUCAUGUUAAAGAGUUUAAUAUUUACAUAACCAUGUCAGUGAAACCUUCAUUUUAACUCUUUUAGGUUUAAUGUUUAACUUAGGAAGGUUGCCACCACAAAUAUGUUCAUGUAGUCAUAUAUUAUAUAUUCAAUUGAUCUAGAUAAUAUACUCAUGUUGUAAAAAGUUAUUUUUUCCAACAGACAAAAAAGUGACUCAAAUUGUUUAUUGAAUAGUCCAUCAUUUUCUUACUGAUUAUAAUGGACAUCAUCAUGUUCUAAAUAAUUGUAUGCUCAUGAGUUGAAUUGUGUAAAAUGUCGUAUUUUUCUCCUAAUAUGGUUUUCUCUUUCAACAUUAUGGCAUGGAAUUUCUAAAACAAAAUCAUAAACUUUACAAAGAA